CUUCUCCGAAAGCUCUACGCGAGGCAGGCGGUAGGCGCGUAACACUCCCAGCUCUUCUAAUAAAGUGCCAAUCUAGGAGUAAAGAUGUACAGAACUACAAGAUCCCCCAUGAUGCAGCCGCUGGUCAACUCAGGAAUGGGCCUGGCUCCUUUCUUCAAGGUGACUGUGUUCGAGCAGGAGCAUUUCCAGGGAAAGUGCCUGGAGUUCACCUCUGAGUGCUGCAACAUCCAGGAGUGUGGACUGGACAACAUCCGCUCCAUCAGGGUGGAAAGCGGAGCCUGGGUGGGUUUCGAGCACCAUGACUUCCAGGGCCAGCAGUUCAUCCUGGAGAGAGGAGAGUACCCCCACUGGGACGCUUACAGUGGCUCCAUCUCCUACCAUGUGGAGCGUCUCAUGUCUCUGCGCCCCAUCUACUGCGCCUCUCACCAGAGCAGCCGCAUGAUCAUCUUUGAGAGGGAGAACUUCAUGGGCCGCAGUGUGGAGAUCUGCGACGACUACCCCUCUCUGCAGGCCAUGGGCUGGAUGAUGCCCGAGGUUGGCUCCAUGCACGUGCAGUGCGGCGCCUUCGUGUGCUACCAGUUCCCUGGCUACAGGGGCCAGCAGUACAUCAUGGAGUGCGAGAGACAUAGUGGAGACUACCAGCACUGGAGGAACUGGGGCUCCCACUGUCAGACUCCCCAGAUCCAGUCCAUCAGGCGCAUCCAGCACUGAGAGGAGGACAGGCUGAGACUGAGGCCACGGCCCACGGACAGCAGCUCCCCUCCACCCCCCAUCCCGCUACCCACAAUCCCCUCCUCUAUUUCUUCCUCUCUCUCUUCAAUCCUUUCCUUCCUCUUGACUUGAGACGCGAAAAAGCCGCCCCAACCCGACAACACUACUGAUAUACAGCCGCUGCCACAGAGUGUGAUAAGAGACAAUAUCGCACUGUUAAAGCACAGGGAAACACACACACACACACACACACAUGCUGACAUAACUGACACUCAGCACAGUGUCUUUUUAUUUGGUUUAGAGGUGUCUAUGCACACAAACACACACCUGCGCUGUACUCUCACCUGAGCUCUGCGAUGACAAUUCGAACAGAGGGGAGAUGAAGCUCCAACGUGUCCAGGAAAAACUCCCCAGCUGCACUCGCUCUGUGGUGCAGCUCAGAUGUGUUUUGUUGUUGUGUGUAGGAGGUUGAUCCACAGGUUGAUAACUAAUAAAGUCAUUUUCACUUCA